UGGCUCAGACACAUACAUCACUGGGAGGAGGCCGGGGCUCUGUCUGCACCCUCCUCCUGCACUCACUCGUCUCUGAUCAGCUUUACUGCCCGAAUAACGGAACCCGAGCUGUCGCCAUGGGGGUGGAAGGAUGCACCAAAUGCAUUAAAUACAUGCUGUUUAUCUUCAAUUUCAUCUUCUGGCUGGCAGGCGGGGUGAUCCUCGGAGUAGCACUUUGGCUUCGACAUGAGCCCAAGACUUCUAACCUCCUGAUCCAACAAAUCGGGGACAAACAAGUUCCAGGAACAUUUUACAUUGGUAUCUAUAUAAUCAUCGCAGUCGGCGCUGUCAUGAUGUUUGUAGGUUUCCUAGGAUGUUAUGGCGCCAUUCAGGAAUCACAGUGUCUGCUGGGAACGUUCUUCGCUUGCUUAGUAAUCCUAUUCGCAUGUGAGGUAGCCGCUGGGAUCUGGGGAUUUGUAAACCGCGAGCAGGUGUCGAAGGAGAUAAAACAGUUCUAUGAUGAAGCUUAUGAGCAAGCAAAGAAUGGCAAGAAAGAAGAGAAAGACCAGGCUAGACCCGUGGUUAAAGUCUUCCAUGAGACACUGCAGUGCUGUACAGAUGAUCAAAAUCUAAUCAUGAUUGCGGGAGAGAACCUUUGUCCGGAAGGAAUAAAAAAUGCGAAUUGUCAUGAUAGAAUCGAUGAACUGUUUCAGUCUAAGCUGCACUUGGUCGGUAUUGCAGCUGCGGUGGUGGCUGUCAUCAUGAUCAUUGAGAUGAUCUUCAGUAUGGUUCUUUGCUGUGGAAUUCGGAUCUACUCGGUGUACUAAGGAAUGUGCUCCCUCCAUUG